GAAUAUGUUACACUGGCAACUAUUAGACAAAAAUUUCUGGAGCAAAACGAAUAUUUUCAAUUUUCCAUUGAUUCAUUGAGAAAGUGGAUCAAAAGUAUGGGUUUUAAAUGGAAGAAGUCCAAUAACAGAAAAUAUCUUAUGGAUUUACCGGAUAUUGUCCACAAACGAAUAAAAUUCUUAAGGGAGUACAUUGAAAACAAAAAUUUGGGACAUGAGGGUUAUACUCCGGUUUUUAUGGAUGAAACCUGGAUAUUUAGUAAGGGAUCAUUUCGAAACAGCUGGCAAGAUGAUACUAAGCACACGGAAUCAAUUAAACCCAAUGAAGGUCAUCGAUACAUUAUUGUCCACGCUGGGACGAACGAUGGCUUUAUUGGUGGGGCAAGUUUGAUUUUUAAAAGUGGAAAAAAAACAGGGGACUAUCAUGAUAAUAUGAACAGGGGUAAUUUUGAAAAUUGGUUCAAGACUCAACUGGUGCCAAAUCUUCCUGAAAAAUCUUUAAUUAUUAUGGACAACGCAAGCUACCAUUCUGGCCUUUUAGAGAAAAUUCCCACCAAAUCAUGGACAAAACAAAGAAUGAUAGAAUGGUUAGGGGAAAAAAAUAUCGGCUAUCCAGAAAAGGCAAUGAAGGNGUUCUAG